CUUCUCCCCACUUCCCCUCUCGAAGCUCCUGCGCUUCGAGGUAUAUCUUUUCUAUAACGCGCUGUCGACGAUACAUUCCCCGGUCCGAGUUACCUCAAUAAUCACACUCAUCACCACGCUACCAUAAUCGACAUGGGAAAGAAGCGCGUUCUCGUCAGCUACGGUGUCGAUAUCGACGCCGUAGCCGGCUGGCUGGGAUCCUACGGUGGAGAGGACAGUUCGAACGACAUCAGUCGAGGUCUAUGGGCCGGUCAUAUCGGCACAACCCGACUCCUCAAAAUGUUCGAGCGGUACAACAUCAAAGCCACCUGGUUCAUCCCGGGCCACUCACUCGAAACCUUCCCUGAGGAGUGCGCCAUGGUCCGCGACGCUGGGCAUGAGCUUGGGCUACACGGAUACAGCCACGAAAACCCUACGGACAUGACCCUUGAACAGCAACGGGAUAUCCUCGACAAGACCUACAGACAGCUUUACGAUUUCUGCGGCAAGGCGCCCCGCGGGAUCGUCGCUCCGUGGUGGGAGACCAGCACGGAGAUGACGGAGCUUCUCCUCUCGUACGGGAUCGAAUACGACCAUUCCAUGUCGCACCACGAUUGCCAGAUGUAUUGGCUGCGGACCGGUGACACGUGGACCAAGAUUGAUUACAGCAAGAAGGCGGAGACCUGGAUGAAGCCCCUGGUUCGGGGUCAGGAUACCGGGCUGGUUGAGAUCCCUGGGAACUGGUACAUUGAUGAUUUGCCCCCCAUGAUGUUCAUCAAGUCGUCGGCCAACAGCCAUGGCUGGGUAAAUCCCAGAGAUGUUGAGGAUAUCUGGAAGGAUCAUUUCGAUUAUUUCUACCGGGAGUAUGACGAGUUCGUCUUUCCGAUGACGAUUCACCCGGAUGUGUCGGGUCGUCCGCACGUUCUUCUGAUGCAUGAGAGGAUAAUUGAGCACAUCAACAAACAUGAGGGUGUAGAGUGGGUGACUUUCGAGCAGAUGUGUGACGAUUUCAAGAGCAAGAACAAGCCGCCGGAGGGCGCGAAGAUGCCAGCUCCUCCUAUGCUGCCGUAGCUUUUGGCAUGCCAUGUUCCAAUGGUUGAAAUUGUUGUUCGGAAAUGACACUGGUUGUUCUAGAUUUUCGUCCUGAUUAC